ACCAACACUAAACACCAGACAGACCAGCCUACUGGCGCACCGCAACGAUGAGCAAGGUACUCAUCGCCAUGUCUUUUGUGCUGAUGUUCUCGGCAGCUCCGCCGCAAGCAUCGGCUGCGGUCCAUGGAGCCGCCGGAGGGAUCCUGAAGAUCCCUUCCAAUGACUCCUUGGCUCACUGCAUCACGGGGUGCGGGGACAUCGACUUCACCUAUCCCUUUGGUAUAGGGCCCCGCUGCUUCCGUCAAGGCUUUGAUCUCACCUGCAACCACUCCACCAAGCAUCCCAAGCUCUUCUUAGGUAGCAGCACUGUCCAGAUCACUCGCAUGUACUCCAGCUACGGCAUAGUUAUCACCCCUAUAUUCUUCAACCGUACAACGAGUCCAGGUACAAAUACCUACGACAUGUCAUGGGAGGCCCCUGGAAAAGGUAUUACUAUCGCUAGUUAUAAUACUCUGUUCGUAAUUGGUUGUGAUUUUGACGUCACCAUGUUCGAGUAUGGUACGGGAGACAUGGUUGGUUCUUGUAUGAGUAGAUGCGCCGGCGAAAAGGUACCAACUGGAGGGCCUUGUAAUGGAAGAGGCUGCUGCCUCAUCCCGUUAACAAGGGACCUGCCCGGUUUUCGGGCAAAACUUGUCAGCACUAAUACUACUGCAACGCAAUCAGAUUGGUUGCACCCUGGCAUCAUGGCUUUCGUGUCACCUGAUUAUCAUUACAGAGAUGAUGAUAGUGACAACACUAAUACAACCACUCUAUUCUCAAGUUGGACAAAUGCAAGCAAUAUUUAUGGCGCAGCUCUUAGUGUUAACAUCAUGGACCAACCAAGCUGUCAAAGUGCACAAAUGAAGAAUGCAAGCUAUGCCUGUAGCAACGGUAGCAGUUGCCAGAAUUCCUCAUCUGGUGGUUACGGGUGUUACUGCUCUUCUUAUGAAGAAGGCAACCCUUACAUUUUAGAUGGAUGCAUGGAAGAUUAUAACCCCAAGCCCAAAGAACACUGCCCCACAUCAUGUGGACGCAUUACUGUUCCCUUCCCAUUUGGGCUCGAAGAAGGGUGCUUUGCCAACAAAAAAUUUCAUCUGAAUUGUACAUCUGGUAAUCUCACAGUUUCUUUCUCAGAAAAUGUACAAUAUCAUGUGACUCAUGUAUCCGUGGAAGAUGGGACUCUGACAGUUAGCAACAUGGUGGACGGAAAUCAUGCGAAAGAGCGGAUAGAAAUCCAGACUGACAAUGGAUAUGUAGAAGAGACACCUGUGGAAGCUCAAUUUGAUUUCUCUAUGGAGUUCGAUCACUUUGUUAUAAAGUGGGCGGUUGCCAAUUUAACUUGCCAAGCGGCUAAAAAGGAGGAUACUAUGUAUGCAUGCCGCAGUUCCCACAGCAAGUGCCUAAACGUCACCCACGGGGAAAUAUUUAUGGGCUAUCGUUGCAACUGUUCGUCAGGCUUUCAAGGAAAUCCGUACGUCAAGGAUGGCUGCGAAGACAUCGAUGAAUGUGCACAAUCAAACUACUGCAAUGGGACAUGUCAAAAUUUUCCUGGAAGCUACAACUGCACGGGUUGCCCUCAUGGAAAAGAGUUUAAUCUCAUAAAAAGGCAGUGUGUUACAUCAACAAAGGAACACAAUCUUCGUUUGGGUAUCGCAAUUGGAACUGGAUGUGGCCUAGGCUCCAUACUUAUUGCACUUUGUGUAUCCAUAUUCAUCAACAAGUGGAAGAACGGCAUCCAGAAGAGAAUCCGGCGAGCACACUUCAAGAAAAAUCAAGGCCUACUCUUGGAGCAGCUGAUCUCAGAUGAAAGCGCCACAAACAAAACAAAGAUAUUCUCCUUGGAGGAACUAGAGAAGGCCACCAACAACUUUGAUGCCACUCGUGUUCUUGGUCGUGGAGGACAUGGUACAGUUUAUAAAGGGAUUCUAUCUGACCAACAGGUGGUGGCUAUUAAAAAAUCCAAAAUUGUGGAGCAGACUGAGAUAGACCAAUUUAUCAAUGAGGUCGCUAUUUUAUCUCAAAUCAUUCAUCGCAAUGUGGUAAAGCUAUUUGGUUGUUGCCUCGAAUCUGAGGUGCCUUUGCUGGUGUACGAGUUCAUAGCCAAUGGUACAUUGCAUGACCUUCUUCACAUUGAUGUUACUGCCAAAUGCUUGCUGUCAUGGGAUGAUCGCAUCAGGAUUGCAGUAGAAGCAGCAGGGGCACUUGCCUAUCUGCACUCGGCUGCUGCAAUACCAAUUUUCCAUAGAGACGUGAAAUCUUCUAACAUACUAUUGGAUAGCAGCUUCGCUUCAAAGGUUUCUGACUUUGGUGCUUCAAGGUCUCUUUCCCUGGAUGAGACUCAUGUGGUGACUAUUGUCCAAGGAACAUUUGGUUACCUAGAUCCAGAGUAUUACCAUACCGGGCAGCUAACUGAAAAGAGUGAUGUGUACAGUUUUGGAGUAAUACUUGUGGAACUUUUGACAAGAAAAAAGCCAAUUUUUAUCAAUGAUCUAGGUGCAAAACAAAACUUGUCCCAUUAUUUCGUGGAAGGAUUGCAAGAGGGAGCUAUCAUGGAAAUAAUGGAUCCUCAGGUUGUCAAAGAGGCAAACCCAGAAGAGGUUCAUGAUAUUUGCUCACUUGCGGAAGCAUGCUUGAGACUCAAAGGAAGAGACAGACCUACCAUGAAAGAAGCAGAUAUGAGGUUGCAAUUCAUGAGAACUAAGAGGCUAAGAAAAUGCAAAAUUCUCCCAGCUAGUGAUGAAGAGAUUGAGCCUUUGUUAUGCAUAAAGGUUGGUAAUUCAGAUGUUGUCAAUGAUGGUAAUUCAACAUCAAAAGGCAUCUCUUGUUGCUACAGUCUAGAACAAGAACUUUCAUCAUCGGUCACUUUACCACGCUAAGUAUAUAUGUGCCAUACUACAAUCGCGUCCAUCCUUGUAUUCAUUUGAACUACCAUUUAUUUUCUGUGGAGUCAUAUUAUGUUGCAUAGUUCACUUUAGACGAGAGGAUAUCAUGUAGUCUCGCUUCUGUAUAUUUGCAAUAUUUAUUUGUGGCUCA